UCCGGGCUCUUAUCUACGAUUGCGGCAUCGAAGACGAUCGAGAGUUUAAUUGUGUCCAUUCUUUCACGGUUCAUCUGUGGUUGAUCGUUAUAACUGAGCGCAGCGCAGCGAUGGCCGAAAGUGCUCCACUUGUGUCCUUGCUGGAGCUGGGAGCCCUCCGUGGCUCAACGAGCAAGAGUGCUUGGACGGGACGAAAGAUUUAUCAAUUUCUUGGGGUUCACUACGCUCAACCUACUGGCGGUGAGAAUCGAUUCAAGCCUCCGCGAAAAGUACUUCCGUGGCAGGGAGUGAAGGAUGCUACCCAACAUGGAUUGCCGUGCCCGCAGCUGAAGCUUAUCUCAUCGUUCGGUGGCAAAGCGUUGGCUCCCGAUCCCGAAGAUUGUUUGACCAUUUCGAUCUACAGCUCCGAUUUGGCCGCUCGCAGGCCGGUGAUGGUGUUCAUCCACGGCGGGGGCUUCCAUGAGGGUUGCGCCAAAAAUCAGACGGCAGAGUACCUUCUGGAACGGGACGUGGUCCUUGUUACUGCCCAGUAUCGGCUCGGCCCGCUCGGCUUUCUAUCGACCGGCACCGAAAAUAUUCCAGGCAACGCGGGACUGAUGGACCUGCACCUAGCCCUCGAGUGGGUUCAGGAGCAUAUCGAGCGCUUUGGCGGUGACCCACACAACAUUACACUUUUUGGCCAAUCGGCUGGUGCGGCUGCCAUUUCAGCGCUCAUCUACAGCCCAAAGGUGCCAGACGGGCUGUUCCACAAAGUAAUCCUCCAAUCGGCCGGUUCCAGUUCGCCGUGGGUUUGGGACACGAAUCCGGUCGCAAGUGCGCGCGAUAUUGCCGUCCGCGCCGGAUGUGCUGUGAAGGCCACACUGGAGGAGACAGAGCACUUCCUGCAAAGGGUGGACGUGUGGACGCUCUUGAGAAGCUUCAUCGAUAUAAAGACGGAGAAAACGUUUGCCGUGGGAUUGGAUCACGUCGGUGGGAACCGACUCGUGACGGGUGACUACCACGGAUUUCUCCCUUUGACACCGUGGGAGUGCAUGAAGGAACGAAAGUUUAGAAAACCAUUGCCAAUGAUGGCUGGCGUUACGAAGCACGAAGGAACCUUCCUUCUGACGACUGUAUACGAUUACUUCAAGCGCACCGGGCAGCUGGACGAUCCGGAUUUCGUGCGGUAUCAUCUCGUGGACGCGGUGAACAAGCUUCUCGGUGCCCACGAUACUACCGGAGCCCUCGGAGGCUACGAGAUGAGGACGCUUUUCACCGACCAUGAGCUGGCGAGCGGCAGCUUCGCCCAGUUGGCCGAUGGACUGAUUGAUCUUUCAGGGACCAUCCUUAUUAAAGCACCCUUACUGCGUGAGGCACAGGCCAAUGCCAGAGCAACCCCGAACGCCACGUAUCUGUAUUCGUUCGAUUACGUCGGUGAGCGAUCGCGGUUCGGAUAUGGGGUCGACACGUCGCACUAUCCGUUCGGUGGUGGAGUCCACCAUUCGGACGACAAACUGUAUCUUUUCCCGUACCCGUCCGAAUGUCCGGCUAAGCUCAACGAAAAGGACACUGAAAUGGCACGUUUGAUGGUCGAUCUGUGGACCUCGUUUGCGAUCGAUGGAGUGCCGAGCUCGGAUCGAUUGCCCUGCAAGUGGAACUCAAUGGAAGGAUACGCCGGCCCGUACUUACACAUCGAUAAUCCGCCAAGCGUUGGACAGAAUUACUACAACGAGUUUACGAUAGCGAGCGACGAAAAGCGGCGUCGAUCGAAAGAAUCCCCCGUUUAGUUUGGCCAUGUUUUUGGAAUGGUGCAGGAACUAUCAUCACACAUAUCAGCUUUCCGACCCGACGAAGGAGAGGAAC